AUGAAUAACAAAAAUAAUAAUUCACAUAAAAAGGAGAUGAAAAAGAAGAAGGAUAAUGAGACCAUGUCUUUAGCAGCCGAAAAUAUGUUGGAAAAUAAUUUCUUUAAAUUACAAGAGAUGAUAGAAGGUAGUUAUAAAAAUUCUAUAAAAAAAAGUGAUAGAGAUCAAUAUAGACAAUAUACCCCUAGGAUGUUAUGGGGCAAUCCAUGUAAAUUUUUUCCAACAACACCUUUAUCAGUAUAUCAAAGUCCAGAAUUGUUUGAGAAACUUCAUUUAGAUACCUUAUUUUUUAUUUUUUACUAUCAACCAGGUACUUAUCAGCAACAUUUGGCUGCCAAGGAGUUGAAGAAAAAGUCCUGGAAAUAUCACAAGAAAUAUACUACCUGGCUUCUACCAGAUUUUAAUACAAUCAAAAUUUUAAAUGAUCAAGUAGAACAUGGUACCUACGUGUCUUUUGACUAUGUAUCAACUUGGUCCAAACAACUUAAGAAGAAUUUCUCCUUUGAAUAUAUACACCUAGAAGAUGAAAUCACUAUAUGA